AUGGCUAGUGACUCUCCCCUUAGCUUUGAAGACUUUCUUCCUUCAAUGGCUCAGCGACUUGGAGCAGAGGGGCUGAUGGAGGAGCUGUGCAAAGGCUUCCAGCUGUUGAUGGAUCCAGCAAGGGGUCUCAUCACCUUUGAGAGCUUGAAGAGGAACUCGGUGGCGUUGGGGCUGGCAGGCUUAGGGGAUGAGGAGCUCAUGGGCAUGGUGAGGGAGGGGGACUUGGAUGGAGAUGGGGCUCUAGACCAGAGGGAGUUUUGUGUGCUCAUGGUCAGAUUGAGCCCAGAGCUGAUGGAAGUGUCUGAGAGGGUGGUGGAAGAAGUUCUCGAGGCAUUCAAAUCUUUUGCGGUCUGA